GACCUGAGGAGAGCCAACUGCCUGCUGUGGGGUGAGGAGGGGCAUGAAUGGAGGCAGAGACCCCAGAUAACCAAGGAUGCAAGCCCGAGUUCCUGCUAACAGAAUAUAAGAUGGGAUGCAUCUAUCUUGUGAUAUGUACCAGGACUGCUUCCUUCUGUGAGACAACAAGGGCAAGAUGGUGUUCUGGACCCAAUGAUGCUCUGCCCCGGUGGGUGUCUGGGUGCAGGAGAAACUUACUGGGGGAGAGGGCCAGUUGAGGGAAAGAUCUCCAGAAAUAGUGGGAUUCCUUGGAAUUUCAGGCCACAGGCACCAUGUCCGAUCCUGGUGAUGUCCGACCUGUUCCACACAGGAGCAAAGUAUGCCGUCGUCUGUUCGGUCCCGUGGACAGUGAGCAGUUGAGCCGCGAUUGCGAUGCGCUCAUGGCGAGCUGUCUCCAGGAGGCCCGAGAACGGUGGAACUUUGACUUCGCCACUGAGACGCCACUGGAGGGCAACUACGUCUGGGAGCGUGUUCGGAGCCCAGGGCUGCCCAAGAUCUACCUGAGCCCUGGGUCCCGCCGCCGUGAUGACCUGGGAGGGGACAAGAGGCCCAGUACCUCCUCGGCCCUGCUGCAGGGGCCAGGGCCAGCUCCGGAGGACCACGUGGCCUUGUCGCUGUCUUGCACUCUGGUGUCUCACGCCCCUGAGAGGCCUGAAGACUCCCCGGGCGGGACCGGGACAUCUCAGGGCCGAAAACGGAGGCAGACCAGCCUAACAGAUUUCUAUCACUCCAAGCGCCGAUUGGUCUUCUGCAAGAGAAAGCCCUGAAGUGCCCACGGGAGGCUCGCCUUCUUCUGCUGUGGGUCAGGAGGCCUCUUCCCCAUCUUCUGCCUUAGCCUUCAUUCAGUGUGUCUUAAUUAUUAUUUGUGUUUUAAUUUAAACUUCUCCUGUAUAUACUCUGCCUGCCCCCUCCCAGCCUCCAAACUUAGUUAUUUAAAAAACAAAACAAAACAAUGAAAUUAGUAGGACGGUAGGCUCCUUAGUGCUGUUUUUUUUUUUUUUUUUUUUUUUUUUUUAUGUAGACCAUUAUUUAAGUCCUUCUCAACCCAAGCUGUGUUUCUGAUCCUGGCGGGAUGGUCCUGGCGGGAUGGUCGCACUGGCCUCAUGCCAUCUGCAUCUCGCAUCUCGCCCAAUCCCCGCCCCUCCCCCCUAACUCCUCCCCCGCCCCCACUCCCUGCCUGGUUCCUUGCCACUUCUUACCUGGGGGCGAUCCUCAGACCUGAAUAGCACUUUGGACAACUGAGUAGGACUUCGGGGUCUCCUUGUCACCUCUAAGGCCCGCUAGGAUGACAGUGAAGCAGUCACAGCCUAGAACAAAGAUGCCCGGUUAGGACCUAAGCGUACCGUCCAGAGCCUUGACAUUUACUCAGACCUGUGAAGAUCCUUUGCCACUCCUGGGGACCCCGCCUCCCCUGUGGGUCUCUGCCAGCUGCCCCUCUAUUUUUGAGGGUUAAUCUGGUGAUCUGCUGCUCUCCCUUCCUCAGACCCUUCCCCUCCCCAGGUUGGCAGGAGGCAUCCUUUCCCUCGCCACGGCUCAGUGGACCAGAAGGGAACGGGUACACAGGGUACACUAAGUGGGGUUUCCUGGUCCUACCUCAGGCAGCUCCAGUGGCAACUGCCCUUCUUAUGGGUCUAGGGUAGGUCCUUGGUGACGAGACGGGCUUCCCAGAGCAUCCCUGUGUGUGUGGUAUGUGGUGGUGGUGGGGGGUGGACUUAUCUGGGAUGGGGACCCCAGCCGCUGAAGUCCUCAGUGACUUGUCCCAUUUCUUAGUAGUUGUACAAGGAGUCAGGCCAAGAUGGUGCCUCGGGGGCUGAGGGAGCUCACAGGAACUGAGCAGUGACUGGUCCUUUCCCAGUAUUGAAUACUGAGCCCCUGUGGGUGUCGAAGCACUUAGUGGGUCUGGCCCCAACCCCAAACACCCCUGUUUCUGUAACACCCUGAGCUGGACUGUUUAUCUUUAGCCGGGAGAACAUGUAUUUUGGUCCCUUCCCUGUCUCCGCUCAGAUUGUAAACCUCCCACGUGUGGGGAUCACACCCUGCACUGUCCCGAAUCUUUACACCCUAUCCCAAAGCUGGUGCUCAAUAAAUACUUCUAGAUGAUU